CACUGCGACUGCAGUGCGGCCACACUGUUUCGUUCCGUGAAAACAAAAUGCAGAAAUCGGAGUUAAAAUGAACAAAUUAAAGUAUCUGUUGAGUUUUGUGACCCAGUCGCGGGGCAUUUCGCACUCGAAUCCCAAGGAGCAGAUCCUCAACUGCCUCACCUAUGGCCUUCUGGUUAUUGUGGCCCUGUGCGCGGGCUUCCUGCUCUGGGAUCUCUCCAACAACAACCCGCGGGACGGAUUCUUCCAUGGAAAAAGGGAUACUCAUACGCUUAUCCUGGACCUGGAGCACAUCCAGGAGGUGGGACUGAACCCCGAGGCCGAACAGCGGGCACGGAACGUGAACUGCACCUUCUGGGACUGCCUGAACAUCUACAAGUGCGAGCAUGACCGUCUGAAGGUCUACAUUUAUCCGCUGCAGGAGUUUGUGGACGAACGGAGCGACAAGGUGGCUGCCACCUUGUCCAGCGAGUACUUUCAGAUCCUGGAGGCCGUGCUGAAGAGUCGCUACUACACUUCGAACCCCAACGAGGCAUGCCUCUUCCUGCCCAGUUUGGAUUUGCUCAACCAGAAUGUCUUUGACAAGCACCUGGCAGGCGCCGCCCUGGCCUCCCUGGACUUUUGGGAUCGCGGCGCCAACCAUAUCAUCUUUAACAUGCUGCCCGGUGGGGCUCCGUCGUAUAACACUGUGUUGGAUGUGAACACGGACAAUGCCAUAAUCUUUGGCGGCGGCUUCGACUCUUGGUCAUAUCGACCAGGCUUUGACGUCUCUAUUCCGGUGUGGAGUCCGCGCCUGGUACAUCAGCAUGUCCAUGCCACGGCCCAGAGGAAGUUCCUCUUGGUGGUUGCACAGCUAAACAUUCUCCCACGCUUCUUGCGAGGCCUGCGGGAGCUGUCUUCUGCCCACAGCGAGCAAAUGCUAAUUCUGGGAGCAUGCGAGAGCAUGGAUCUCUCACUGCGAUGCCCUCUGUCGCAGCACCACAAGUCCCUGGAGUACCCACGUCUCCUCUCGCGUGGUAAAUUCUGCCUUCUGGCCAAGAGCCUUCGCAUGGGCCAGCCGGAUUUGGUGGAGAUGAUGUCUCAGGGCUGCGUUCCAGUCAUUGCCGUGGAUAACUAUGUACUGCCCUUUGAGGAUGUGAUCGAUUGGUCCUUGGCCUCUGUACGCAUUCGCGAGUCGGAGCUGCAUUCCGUGAUGCAGAAGCUGAAGGCAAUUUCCAAUGUCAAAAUCGUUGAGAUGCAGAAGCAAGUCCAGUGGCUAUUCUCCAAGUACUUUAGGGAUUUGAAGACUGUGACGCUGACGGCACUGGAGGUGCUCGAAAGUCGCAUCUUUCCGCUACGUGCCCGAAGUAGUCGUCAGUGGAACGCCAUCGACACAAAUGCGCGCUCCACCUUCAAUCCACUCUUUCUACCUUCUCUGGCGCCGAAAUCCCAAGGUUUUACUGCCGUCAUCCUCACCUACGAUCGCGUGGAGAGUCUGUUCUUGCUCAUCCAAAAGCUGGCCGUGGUUCCCUCAUUGCAAAGCAUCUUGGUCAUAUGGAACAAUCAGAAGAAGUCGCCACCGCACUUGUCAACCUUUCCAUCCAUAUCCAAGCCUUUGAAGAUUCGGCAGACCAAGGAGAACAAGUUGUCGAAUCGAUUCUAUCCAUAUCCAGAAAUCGAAACUGAAGCUAUUUUAACCAUAGACGAUGACAUCAUUAUGCUAACUACAGAUGAGCUGGAUUUUGGUUACGAGGUUUGGCGAGAGUUUCCCGACCACAUUGUGGGCUUCCCCAGCCGCAUUCAUGUCUGGGAUAACGUCACCAUGCGCUGGCAUUACGAAUCGGAAUGGACUAACCAGAUAUCCAUGGUGUUAACAGGUGCCGCCUUCCAUCACAAGUACUGGAGCCACAUGUACACACAUGCCAUGCCCGGCGACAUCAAGGACUGGGUGGAUGAGCACAUGAAUUGCGAGGAUAUUGCCAUGAACUUCCUGGUGGCAAAUAUAACCAACAAUCCUCCGAUUAAGGUCACUCCUCGUAAGAAGUUCAAGUGCCCCGAGUGCACCAAUACGGAAAUGCUUUCGGCGGACCUAAAUCACAUGCGUGAGCGGUCAGCCUGUAUCGAUCGCUUCUCCAAGAUCUACGGACGUAUGCCACUGCGCACGGUGGAGUUCCGGGCUGAUCCUGUCCUGUUCCGCGACAAUUUCCCGGACAAGUUGAAGCGCUACAACGAUAUUGGCAGCCUGUAAGCGCCAUAAACAUUCCAGGGGAGUGAAAGGAGAUAUACCAAAGACUUGUGGCAGUCGAAUAUUUCUUAGGACAAAUUUAAGCUAUAAUCUGCUCACAAGGCGUAUUAAAUCGUUUAUUUGCCAAAUGAGCCCUAAGUUGGAUCUCGUUUGCGUUAAGAGAUUAAUUAUUCUUGUUGAGGUACUGAUUAUUGUUUUACAACUUUGUAUAUAUGUUAAAUUAGCGAGAUUAAUUGUAUUCAGUAUCGGAAUAAUUUAUAUUAUAUAUUUACUGGCAGCUAAAACUUAGAUUUAAUUAUUGUUUUAAGUCAUUCAAUUU